UAAAGAGUCAUAACAGACGAAGGAAUCUCAAAUUCUCUUCUCUAUCGAGUGGAAUUUCGCCUAAAAACCAAAACGACGAGGAGUUCUACGGAGCAGAAAGGACCAUGGAAAGAACGGUGGUACAAAAGUCGAGCUCGGCUAUGUAUUUGCUGUUUGCUGAAGGGUUUUGUUUCCUUCUCAUAUCGGUGGCUAUAAUUUCGUGUGGCUUCGUUUUAAAUUUCCAUAAUGAUUUUGACUAUAUUCAAGUCGAAAGUGAGCAUGACUAUACUCAGUAUUGGGUCGGAUUUGUGUUAUUCUUCACCGCAUUCGUCGCUAUUGCUGCUGGGGCUUGGCAAAGGACCAGAUGGCUGGUUUUAUUAGCGAUGUCUUUAUUCUUUGUGUCAAUUCUUGUCUCACUCUUCGCUCUGGUCGUGGAAGGAAACGACUGGGUCGACCACAAGAAUAAUGUCCGACUCAUAGACUUUUGGGAAUCGGAAGAUUACGAGUGCAAAUCCAAGUCCGGAAAAUGUUCUUGUGAAGCCACAGGAGAAAGCCCGAAACCAAUUUCAGAUGCACUAGAUUGCGAAACAUUGGAAAAAUUGGAUUAUCUUUACGGCGGUUUGACGUGUUGCAUCUUAGCUGGUGUGUUUCUAGCUCUUUCGUCUAUAAUCAUUGUUAUGAUAUUCAUCCCAAUUCGACCUUUCACUGUGCCUGUGCCGAAGAAGAAGAUCAAAAAAAUCACGGUGCUGGAAGAGAAACCAAAACCCACCCUUGUUGCGUACAGGCCUCCGCCAAAAAUACCUGUCGAGCCUAAACCAAGGGUGGAAGAAAUCUUAGUAAGACAGCGUGUACGUAAUCCAGAGCGGGUUAUUGUUGCACCUGAUCGAGAACCACCAACGGAAGUGGAGGAGAUUGUCUUACGGGAGCGUAAACCUCAACAAAUCCGCACGGUUCACGAAGAAGCAAGACCACAAAAUCCAGAGGUAGUCUACGGGAUACCACGGACGCGUACGUUGAUCUACGACCGGCCACGAUUCGAACCAGUAGAGCGUCAAGCUCUGGCACCAGUUGAACCGCCUCCGGAACAAGACCCUGAUGAUCAGGAGUACGAUGUCGGUCGUUUUGUUCAUAAGGUCCACCCUACGCCGUCAGAGCUCCCAGCGGCAGGAAUAGAAAACGGAUUCACCGUGAACCCCAACUUUGGAAGAGAAUCAGCUUUACCACCAGAGCCAGAGCCAGUCUAUUAUAGUAGGAAAGAAAUGAAGCCUCCAGUGCACUAUGCUCGGGAAGAAGCGGCGCCUGUUAAGUACGUUCGUAGGGAAGCACCGGGACCGGUGCACUAUGCUCGGGAGGAACCGGCGCCCAUUAAGUACGUUCGUCGGGAAGCACCGGGGCAGGUUCGUUACGUACAGAAACCAACAGUCGUUUACAAAAAGCGUCCUCACGUCGUUCAUGAACGUGCCUUGGUACCGGUGAGAAGAUCAGUAGAGCGUCCGAGGAGAAUUGUGGUCGUACCCCAGAGGCCAAGACCGUCGUACGUCGUGAGGAAACCUGCUCCUCGGCAAAUUGUACGUCGUCAAAGAGCUUACAGUGACGAAGGUCCUGGACUUGAAAGGGUUCGUGUUGUGAGACCUCAAAAAAGGCUUGUCUAUACCACUCGACCACGAGCUGUCCGUACUUAUCGCGCCGCACCAAAAAGGUCACAAUGGCAACGAGUGAGAUCAAACAGCGAUGAAGGUGCCCGCUUGUAUCGCGAUUCCCCUCAGAGAGAACGCCCAGGGGUUAUCUACACUGAUCGAGAGAUAGCCAUGGCACAGGAAAAUGCCCAAGGCUCUUAUCCAGCGGCAGCUAAGCCCAAGGUGCUCACGAGUGAGAAUCGUGGCCAAGCUAAGCCUGUUUCUGCGCAUAUCCCUCAACAGAAUAACGGCGUUUACGAUAGGCGUUUGGAAGCCCAACUUCCCUCUGCAGAUCAAUGGGAAAGAAGGCCACACACACCAUAUUGAAUUGAUUGAAAUGAAGCUCGAUAGAGUUUAGUUGCAUUAUAGUUGUUUUUAAAUUACACAUACAUAUAACAAAUAAUAAUAAUAAUAAUAAUUUAGUUAUCAUGCAAUGCGUAUGAGCAUGACAUGUAUGAAUGGCUCGAGAGAGCCUGAAUCAUAGUGUAUUGAAGAUUGAUUGAAGAGCAAGGAAGAACUUCGUCAGUCGCACUGUCACAUUUUUGAGCAUGUAUCAAUAACAAUACCCGUUUACUUUUUUCAUAAUUUUGCACUACUUCGAUUCACAAUUAGUUUCACAAUCAUUUUAAAAAAUAACAACAAUACUGUAGUAUUUGGUCAUCAUCAUUUAGUCAAUAGAGACAUUGUUUGGUAACUUACUGAUUGGGAAACUUUAAUUAGUGUAUAACAAGACAAGAGUGACUUGUGACUUGGGUUUUUGGGACGGUUUCACGUCACAAGCCUUUUAAAAUUUUGUGCCACCAACAAUAAAUAUUUUGUAUCUUGUA